AUGGAUCUAGACAUCCCAGGUGGAGAUGAUGAGAUGCUCCAGUUCGCUGAACUCAAUGUUCCGGACAUAGCAUCCAAAGACCCAGAGGAGAGAAAGUGUGCAAGGAGGAUUAGGAUCAAGAGACGGUUGGAAGCUAAAGAAAAACAACAAAUGUUGGCUAUGGAAGCUGUAGAAGAGAAGCAACCGGAGAAGCCAACUCUACUCCAGAUCCAAUUAGAGAAAAGUAGUGAAAUCUUGAAGCAACUUUUCUUAGAGGUGGAACAACAAGUAACCAACGUGCGAGUAGCUAAUGAUGCUCGAGAGGUGGAUAGUCGUGAAGGUGAAGCUAUCAUCCGUGAGCAAGUCAUGGCUCAACUGGAAGAGGAAGCGAAUUUGGCAAUAGAGAUGUUCGAUUUAAUAGCGACAAAAUGGGCAAACAUCAUGAACUACAACGAUCCUUUGAAUAUCCACGACGAGAUCAAAUUUCAACAGGAUAAAUGCAAUGAAUUGAUCAAGCAGAAGGACACGACCAUCACAAUGCUCAGAAACGAAGUGAAACGUGCCGAACAUAAAUUCUAUAAAGACCAAAAGAUGCAGAACGAUGAAGUCAGUACAUUGGCUAAGCGCGUUGAGAAACAGGUGGCUAUCAUGAGAGUGGCGCAUAGUAACGAGUUGCAGGAUAUCCUGGACGUUAUGAUCCAAGAAAGGAGUAAUAUCAUGGAGAACAAUAAUAAACGUUGGGAAGAGUUGUACAAGAAGAGAGAGGAACAGGAGUUGGCUAUAAGUGAGAAUAAGUUUCGUCAGAAAGACGAGUUCGAGGAGGUUGUCACCAUUGUGAGAAUCAAGCAUUACGAACGGGUCAGAGGUGUGAAGAUCCGGUUGGAGAGAAACUGCGAGAUUCUUCAGCAGGAAUUUGAAGCCAUCAAAGCUAUAGCCAUGGCAAAUCAAGAGAAAAUGGAUUAUAAUUAUCAGAUUUUGAAGAAGCGUGAGGAUGAGAAUAUCAUUAUCAAAUCGGAGCAGAAGAGGAAGCUGAAUAAGUUGCAGGAUGUCAUCAAUCACCAGAGAGAUAAAAUCGACAAUUACGAGAUAAACUCGAAAAAUGAAAUGGAUAAGUUGUUCAAUGAGAUUUUCAAAUUGCAGAAGUGCAUACAAGGUGUCAAAGUGAAAUCGGAAGGUAUGUCGAGUAGCAAUGAAAAGAAAUACAUGUCCGUUUGGGAGUUGAAUAGGAAGAUGGCUUCGAAAAUCUUGAACAAGUUGCUGACUAUAGAUAAGUUGCUGCAUGAGCAACAGUUGGGAUUGAAGUGGGAAGAACCUUAUACGCAACCUAAGAAGAUGCAAGAUUUAGUUAGCUACGUGAAUGCCACGAAUAUGAUGCGCGCUGUUAAAGGGUCGAUCGCACCGAAACCAUCGAAUAUGUCAAUGCAUCUUAGCAAUCCGGAUUUGGAAAAUACUUUGGCUUAUAAACGGACUUUGAAUAAUGUCCUUGACAGGAUUUCCGAUCGCUCUAAUUUCAUUAUCGAAAGUAGAUUGAACGCAAUAUUGGCGGAAAGGGUUAAAGAGGAGGAUGUUAUGCUCAGAGUUGAUAAUUUGUUUGCUGCAUUGCAAUUAUCCGAUAAAGCCGACAUUAAUAUCAUGAUGCAUUACUUCAUGCCGUACGUCAAGUGUCCCAUCUGUAUCAAUGCAAAUCGGGGUUCCGAUUUAUCCGUAGACACUUAUAUGACAGACAAAUCUGUGUCCACUUUCCAAGAGAGUCUCAUGGAGCAGCAGGACGAAGAUAAUAAUCCUUUAUUGGGUGUCAAAGAAACGGAUGACACCGUUGAUGAUAUCUUGGCAGAUAUUGUUACUUCCACUAGAUUGGAUGAAGAAAAACCUGAGUAUAUACAACAUACCGGAGAGUGUCUGGGUCCUAAUCCCAUGCUCGAAGAACAGGAGAAGAAGAUUCAAACUAUAGAGUACAUGCAGUAUGGUAACAUCCAAACGGCCUCAACCACUUGCAUGUAUAACCAUCAAUUGGUGAUGGAUCCAGCUCAUGUCUUAAAAGCGUUACGAGAGUUCGUCACUAACACGAAUUCGGGAGAAGAGGAAAAAUCCAUGGAAGUUCCGGAUAUCGCGAAGAAAACUCCUACGAUUUCGCGACUGAUGACAUCGCAGGAUGUGAGCGCUUAUUGGAACAGCUACAAGAACAUUUUGGGAUCCGAUAAGAUCCAAUUGUGGGAUGCCCUUUACUACGGCAUGGAAAAGUAUCACGAAAUCCUUGUCGAUCGUAGUAAGGUUCAUCAAAAGGUGAUUUGUCUGAGAAGACAGAACGAGGAAUUAAGACAUUUGCUGGCAAAGUACAAGAUCGACGGAACGAUGCCGCCUCCAUGCGCCGAACAAAGGGAAAUUCCGAUCAUGCCGAAGGGCCCAGGCACGCGUAAAUCUAUAGAGUACCGGGUGAUGAGAAACCGCCCAAGAUAA